AGCGGUAUGGAAAAUGGAUGGAUGUGGAGAGGGAAGUCCUUUAUUGCACUUCGCACGUUGCCUGAUUCAUCAGCCAACGUCAUCAUCCACAACACGGGGCCAACUGCAAAUUCUAAGAUAGACAACGCAGAAUGCAACCUAGAUGAUACCCACCGGGAUGUAAUUCAUGAAACUGAAGAUGAUGACAGACCCUUUGUUGUGGAUACAAGUGCAAGCAAUAUGAAACCGAUUCCAAAUUCGUUAUAUUUGGCAAAAAGCCAAGUUGUGAGGAAAACCACAAUUUCUGUAAAAAAUAUAGUAUCCAGAAGUAAUCAUUGCAAUAGAAACCACCAAGAUAUAAAUCCCCCAUAUUUUAUUGCAGCGAUCAUUCUCACACAAAAAAAAUCACAAAAUUCGAAUUCUCAGUGGCUCAUACAGUAUUAGCUCCCUCUCAGGUUUAGUCAACAUCAGCACUGCUGCCACUCAAGGAAGUUUCAGGAUUACUUACUAGUACACCAUAAAAAGUCAUACACCCAGACCCUCUUAUUUUCCUUCUUCUCCCCUCCCCUCCAUUAUUUCCAUCCCUUGAUUCACCCCACGCUCGUGUCUUGUGACCCCCUUGCAGUAAGCGCCUUCUUUGGUCUCCCCCCUCGUCUCCUCUCCGUUUUUGUCUGCCCCUUCCCCACCACCACAACCAACCACCAGCAGCAGCCACCUCUCACUGUCCAUUGCACAGUUUAUCCCCUCAUCCCUGAUCUCCCUUCAUCCCUGCAAUCCUCAUCUGUUCUUCACAGGGCAGCAGAGGAGAGGAGCGAGGGACUGACAAAGGGGAGCAUCAGGCCCGCUGCAAAAGUGAAUGGAAAGUGCUGGAACGGUCAGAGGGUGACUGACUGCUGUACCAGUGUGAUUACAUUUUUUAUUUUAAGUCUUCUGGAACAUUCCGAGUGGAGUCCCCAAAUUGCUUUCCUGCCAUCCCUGACAGUGCCUGACGAGCAUCGCCAUGGGUGAAAUGGAGCAAUUGCGAAAGGAGGCAGACAACCUCAAGGACCAGAUCACUGCAGCGCGUAAGGCCGUGCAGGACACAACCCUGCAGGAGUCCGUGGCCGGUAUCAAUGUGGUGGGCCGCGUCCAGUUGAAGACCAGGAAAACACUCAGGGGUCACCUCGCCAAGAUCUACGCAAUGCACUGGUCCACUGACUCCAAGCUGUGCGUGAGCGCAUCACAAGAUGGGAAGCUUAUUGUGUGGGACAGCAUCACGACAAACAAGGUGAACGCCAUCCCGCUCAAGUCGUCGUGGGUGAUGACGUGUGCCUACGCCCCGUCUGGCAACCUGGUGGCGUGCGGCGGCCUGGACAACAUGUGCUCCAUCUACAACCUCAAGGGCAAGGACGGCAAUGUCAAGGUCAUGCGCGAGCUGGCGGCGCACACAGGUUACCUGUCCUGCUGUCGUUUCAUCAGCGACAGCGAGAUCAUCACCAGCUCUGGAGACUGCACUUGCGUGCUAUGGGACAUCGAGACGGGCACCCAGAAGACUAUCUUCGCAGGGCACCAAGGAGACUGCAUGUCCUUGGCCGUGUCCCCGGAUUUCAAGUUCUUCAUCUCGGGAGCGUGCGACUUCACGGCAAAGCUGUGGGACAUUCGAGAGGGCAACUGCAGACAGACCUUCGGGGGCCACGAGAGCGACAUCAACGCCAUCGGGUUCUUCCCCAACGGCAACGCGGUCAUCACGGGUUCCGACGACGCCACCUGUAAGCUGUACGACCUGAGGGCAGACCAGGAGCUCCUCACCUACCAGGACUCCAGCAUCAUGUGCGGCGUCACCUCGCUGGCCCCCUCCCUGUCGGGACGUCUCAUCCUGGCUGGAUACGAUGACUUCAACGUCAACAUUUGGGACUCGCUUAAAGCAGAGAGAGUGGGAGUGCUGGCCGGCCACGACAACCGAGUGAGCUGCAUCGGCGUAUCCUCCGACGGCAUGGCGUGCUGCACGGGAUCCUGGGACAGCUUUCUCAAGAUUUGGAACUGAUGCUUCACAGCUGGUGUCGGAUCUGCAUAUGGGAUUUCUUCGGGAGGUCACAGGCGGGCGUGGUAUUUAAUUGUGCCAAUUUUUUAAGUUGGGGUUGUUAAUGUGAAUGAAAAUUCCUCUCUGUAGUUCAUUACGUAGUGGUCUGGUACACUCAGUUGCUGCAGUCGAGAAGCACACCGGAUGUUCGUCUUUAGGUUGACACGAACUAUAUUGGUAUGUAUGUAUGCUGUGUUUUAUAUCAAGCAAACUUGUUUUUUUGGUUGUUGUUAGUUUUCCAUUAGCUGCUUAUGUUGAAUUCCUUUUCUAAACAGAAUGACACCCUACUUCAGAGGUUUUUGUGUUUGUUUUGAAUGUAACAUGCUUGUUCUAACCCCCCCAACCCAAAUGUGAGACAGCCAACAGAUGGGAAAACAAAAAGUGGUUCACACAGCACUUACAAGCAACAGCCCAUUUGUCUCAGGACCUAUUCAUGGAUGCUAUUGUGUGCACAUUACUGCUAGUUUUUUUUAGGAAUUUGUUGUAAAUAUUCGUUAUUCUUUUCCUCUACCAGGUAAAGUCAGGGGUAUAGUAGUUUGAUGAUUGACAGGGUUUCUUAUUAGGAUUUUACAACAGCAGGCAAGGUCUAGCAUAGCUUAGCAGCCCGUUGAAUAAAGAAGGAAUUCUA